AUGUUCCUCUCUAAACCAACACAGGAACAAAAAGCUGAAGAAUUAAUCGAUUGUUUAAGGAAAAAAAGAAGUGAAACUGUUUUAAAAGAGUUAGAAAACAGCAAAGAAAAUGAUUGGAUUAAAACUACUUUAAAAGGAUUUAAAUUAUUGAGACUUGCAAGUCAAACUGAUAAUGUUGGAGUAGUGAAUUAUAUCAUUGAACAUUAUCCAGAACGAUUGAACUACCAGGAUGUUUAUGGGAAGUCAUGUCUUUUUUAUGCUGUAGAACAAGAACAAUGGAACACUGUGAAAUAUUUAAUUAGUAAGAAUAUUAAUUAUUACAUGGCAGAUAAAAAUGGAAAUUCAUUAUUACAUAUUCUUGCAAAGAUUAAAGUCAAAAAGGAAUAUGAAGUUAUAUACUUUGAAUUGGCACAAAAACUUAUUUCUCAUAGAAGGAUAGUAAGAGGUAAAAAUUUACUUGGUGAAACACCAUUACAUAUUGCUUGUCUUAAUAGCCACAAGAAAUUGAUUCAAUUACUUAUUGAUAACAAAUCAUUAAUACACUGUAAGACUGAAAAAGGAUUAACUCCUUGGGAUUAUUGUCAAUUUAGUGAUAAGAUUUGUAUUGAUCUUUCUACAAUAAAAGAUCCAGAUGAAGGCACACCAAAUAGUAUUUCUCCUUUUUCUAAUGAGGUAUUUAGUGAUAGUGAACAAAGUGGAGGAAAUAAAUUAGGUAAGAGUCAAGAGAUUUUAUCACCUCUUGAAAAGAUGAUGGAAGAUAUGCUUUGUGAAACAUUUUCUAGAAUUAUUAAUAAAGGAGGAAUUGUUGGGCAUCAAUAUUCAAACAAAUUUCUUUUUGUUAUGGGGGAUAAAGUGUUUGGAGAUUUAACAAUGAAUAAACUCACAAGAAAAGUAUGUAUUCCAUCUUAUCUUACUGAUACUGGAAAAGAUGAUCCACACAGAACAAGUUUAGCAAAAUUUUAUAAUAAUUUCCUUGGAGAAGAAGUUCCAUAUUCAUUGACAGAAGUAUGUAUUCAAUCUGCAGCUGCUCCAGGAUAUUUUGGGAGUGUAAAUGCUCAUUUAGAUGGGGGAGUUAUUAUUAAUGAACCAUGUGGUGGAGUAUUAUCAUAUGUUAUAGGUGAGUAUGGAUUAAAUGUUGAUAUUAAAGAUAUAUCAAUUCUUUCAAUUGGAGCAGGAUAUCCAGCAAUUCCAUAUAUUCCAGAAGAAGAGGUAAGAGAAGCUGGACCUGUUAAAUGGACUCUUCAUAUGCCUGAUUUACAAAUUGAAUCAAGAAAAUCAUUUAUUGAAUUUGAAGGAAAAUAUUUAUUAGGAGAGAGGUUCUUCAGAUUAAAUCCUAAAUUACCAUACCAAAUUGACCUUGACUAUUGCAAAGAUGUUGAACUAAUUAAAAGUAUGGGCGAUAAUCUUGAUUUGACUGAUACAUUUAAAUGGAUAGAACAAAACUGGUAA